UGCGCCGCCUACUGUCACGUGGUGGGCCACGUGACAUUCGAACUGCCGUGUCUAUAAAAGAGGGGCUUGUCGGCGGUGCCGCUCGUCACUUACGUGUUGUAGUUCCGUGCAGCGCAAGAACCGUUCCUUGACUUCCACUGACGAAACAUGAGGGAAUGCAUCAGUCUCCACAUCGGCCAGGGAGGCGUCCAGAUCGGUAACGCCUGCUGGGAGCUCUACUGCCUCGAACAUGGCAUCCAGCAGGAUGGCCAGAUUCCCAGUGACAAGCUGUCUGGCGGUAUCGACGAUUCCUUCGACACUUUCUUCUCCGAAACCGGCAACGGCCGUUACGUUCCGCGCGCCGUGUUCGUCGAUCUCGAGCCCACCGUUGUCGACGAGGUGCGCACUGGCGCCUACCGGCAGCUCUUCCACUCGGAGCAGUUGAUUACUGGCAAGGAGGACGCUGCCAACAACUACGCGCGUGGCCAUUACACCGUCGGCAAGGAGAUCAUUGACGUAGUGCUUGACCGCAUCCGGAAGCUGGCUGACCAGUGCUCGGGUCUACAGGGCUUCCUCGUGUUCCACAGUUUAGGCGGCGGUACUGGCUCCGGGUUCACCGCGCUUCUGAUGGAGCGCCUUUCGGUCGACUACGGGAAAAAGUCGAAGCUCCAGUUCUCGGUCUACCCAGCGCCCCAGGUCUCGACUGCUGUUGUGGAACCUUACAACGCCCUUUUGACCACGCACGCGAACUUGGAGCACUCGGACUGCGCUUUCAUGGUUGAUAACGAGGCCAUCUACGACAUCUGCCGGCGCAAUUUGGACAUCGAACGGCCCUCAUACGCGCACCUGAACCGGCUCAUCAGUCAGGUCGUCUCCUCCGUCACUGCUUCCCUCCGCUUCGAUGGUGCGCUGAACGUCGACUUGACCGAGUUCCAGACCAACUUGGUGCCUUAUCCUAGGAUCCACUUCCCGCUGGUGACCUACGCUCCCGUCAUCUCCGCCGAGAAGGCCCACCAUGAGCAGCUCAGUGUGGCCGACAUCACAAACGCAUGUUUCGAGCCGGCAAAUCAAAUGGUCAAGUGCGAUCCGCGUAACGGCAAGUACAUGGCCUGUUGUAUGCUGUACCGCGGUGACGUGGUGCCUAAGGACGUCAACGUUGCCAUUGCGGCAAUCAAGAACAAGCGCACCAUCCAGUUUGUUGACUGGUGUCCCACAGGGUUCAAGGUGGGCAUCAACUACCAGCCACCUACCGUGGUGCCCGGCGGAGACCAGGCAAAGGUUCCGCGUGCCGUAUGCAUGUUGUCCAACACGACAGCCAUCGCAGAGGCCUGGGGCCGACUGGACCACAAGUUCGAUCUCAUGUACGCCAAGCGCGCCUUUGUCCACUGGUACGUGGGCGAAGGCAUGGAGGAGGGAGAGUUCACAGAGGCCCGUGAGGACAUGGCGGCCCUCGAGAAGGACUACGAGGAGAUUGGCAUGGACUCAAACGAGGAAGUGACGGAGCAGGAGGAGUACUAGGCCGAGCACUGCAUUCCCUCGGCAAGAACCAGAGAUCCUCGUCUAACUUUAAAUGGCCGUGUGUGUUCAAAACUUUGUGAUAAAAGUUGAUUGCUCCACUGCAUCUUCAUUUCUUUCAA